AUGGAGUCGUGUAAUUCAAGUUACAUGCUCUUCUUUGUCAUGCUCUGUUAUUUGAUAGCAAUUUCACAUUCUAUAAAACACCGCUGCCACGACGAUGAGAGGUCUGCGUUGUUGCAAUUCAAACAUAGCUUUUUGAGUACCAACACUUGUUCUGCUUCUUCCGAUUAUCCGAAACUUGAAUCGUGGAAAUUCGUCGAAGGCGAAAGCUCAGGAGAUUGCUGCACAUGGGACGGCGUGGAGUGUGACAAUAGAACCAACCAUGUCAUUAGCUUGGACCUCAGUAACAGUUGCCUCUCUGGUUCUAUCAACUCCAAUACGACUAUCUCCGACCUUUUCCACCUUCGGAGGCUUAACCUCGCGUACAAUAGCUUCCGUUCAUCACCAAUACCUUCACGUAUUGGCAAUCUCUCGAGUCUGACUCAUCUCAACCUCUCCUUUUCAGGUUUUUCCGGCCUAGUCCCACCGCAACUAUUCAAUCUAUCCAACUUGGUUUCGCUCGAUUUAUCUAGCGACAUAUCACAAUUGAAGCUUGAAAACAAUAGUCUCAGAAAGUUAGCUCAAAAUUUGAUAUUUUUAAAGAAUCUUGAUCUCUCAGCCGUAAACAUUUCAUCAAGUGUUCCUGAUUUAAUAUCAGGACUUUCGUCUUUGGAAUCGCUCUAUCUUGAUGGAUGUUUGUUGUCCGGAGAAUUUCCUGUUUCUAUACUCCAGCUUCCGAAUCUGAAGCUACUUGAUCUAAGUUUCAAUCCAGAUCUUACAGUUCCCUUACCAGAUUUUCAUUCCAGGAUACCCGUAAAGUCACUAAGGCUCCGCGGAACGAACUUGGCCGGGGAGAUACCGGCUUCAAUAUCUAAUCUAGUCAGCUUAGAAGAACUCGAGCUAUCUAACUGCAGAUUAAACGACCAGCUUCCUUCUUCAGUUAAAGAACUAGUUCACUGGAAAUCAUUCAAGCUAAACAACUGCAAUUUCAGCAGGGAAUUUGCUUACUCCAUAGGAAACCUGAUCCACUUAAAACAAAUUACAAUAACCGACAGCAUCUUCAUCGAUCAGAUCCCGGUCUCAUUCAGUAAUCUUACGGAUCUUGUAUAUUUGGAUCUUUCGAGUAAUCAUUUCAGCCCUGCAACUACUUCUUCAUUCUUUUGGAUCGGUAAGCUCACCAAACUAACAUCUCUAUAUCUUCAUAAUAUGAGUUUAAAUGGCGAAAUCCCUCCAGGGAUUUCGAAUCUAACCCAGCUUUCGGCUCUGUUCAUGGGUUAUAAUCAACUCACCGGUCCAAUCCCGCCAAAUCUUAUGAACUUAACUCGUCUUAGGACUUUACGUUUUAACUCCAACCGAUUAUCUGGUCAAAUUCCUUCGCAGAUUAGCCGUCUUACCUUACUCUUAUCGCUCGACCUCUCGUCGAAUAAAAUAGAAGGUUCAAUUCCCUAUGGUCUAUAUAGUCUCAACAACCUUAGCUAUCUUGACCUUUCAUUUAAUAAAUUGGCUGGCACAAUAGAUUUCAGCAUGUUCUUUAAGUUAAAAAAUAUAUGGUCUUUGAAUUUAUCUUUUAAUAACUUGUCAUUGAUCAUCCAAAAUAUUAAUUCAAAUUCCAGUAUACCAAAUUUGAGAGUCUUAGGAUUGGCAACUUGCAAUCUAUCAGAAUUUCCCAAGUUCUUGCGAAACCAAAAUCAACUCGGAUUUCUUGAUCUUUCCUCCAACAAUAUCGACGGCCAGAUUCCGUCAUGGAUAUGUGAUAUAGGCUUAAAUUCAAUGGAUCUUCUGAAUCUUUCUCAUAACCAUUUAUCCGGUUUUGAGCAGGAUCCUCUCGUGCUUCAAUGGCCGAAAUUGCGUACUUUAGACCUUAGAUCAAAUGUGCUAGAAGGAACUCUCCCUAUCCCACCUUCAUCAAUCAAUUCUUACUUAAUCUCAAAAAACAAAUUGUCUGGUGAAAUUUCUCCUUUGAUUUGCAAUUUAAUUUUCAUUCAGUCUCUUGAUUUGUCAUUCAACAAUUUGAGUGGUGCACUACCCAAUUGUUUGGGAAGUUUGAGUAAUUCCAUUUCUUUAUUGGACCUAAAACAAAACAACUUUCAUGGAAAUAUUCCGUCAACUUGGAGAAGCGGAUGCAGACUCAGAAUGAUUAGUAUGAGUCAUAAUGAAUUAGUCGGACCGUUACCGAGUUCACUAGCCAACUGUUCGUUAUUGGAGUUCGUUGAUUUUGGUAAUAAUCAAAUAGUUGACAGUUUUCCGAAAUGGUUAGGAACUCUUUCUGAUUUGAGGAUUCUGAUACUGAGAUCUAACGGUUUUUUCGGUGUAAUUGACGAAGUUGGAGCUGUCGGAUUCUUGAACUUACGAGUCGUUGACUUGUCCGGCAACAAUUUCAGCGGACUUCUACCACUAAGGUACCUUAGCAGAUCAAAUUCCAUGAAAGUCAGAAACUCAAACCUAAUGUCAUACAUGGAGAAGUAUUUGAGACCCGAAAACGGGUAUUAUAUAUCAUCAUAUUAUGGAUCUUUUGAGUAUUCAAUGACACUGUACAACAAAGGAUUAGAGAUGAAUUACCUGAAGAUCCCGAAUAUAUUCAUAGCCGUCGAUUUCUCCAACAACAAAUUCCAAGGAGAGAUUCCGGAAAUGAUCGGAAAUCUCAAAGGCCUUCAAUUGCUAAACCUUUCCAGGAACAUUCUUCAAGGUCCGAUACCAUCUUCUCUAGAAAAUCUGAAAGCAUUGGAAUGUUUGGAUCUUUCUGAAAACCAACUCUCGGGGCAAAUUCCGACAAUGCUGACGGAUAUAACUGCCCUUUCGUCAUUCGAUGUGUCGUUCAACCACCUUUCUGGGCCUAUACCGCAAGGAAAUCAAUUUUGUACUUUCGAAACCAAAUCAUACGAAGGGAAUCCAGGAUUGUGGGUGGAAACUUGGACAAAGCAAUGUGGAAAUGCUAGAUCAACGCCGGUGGAACCUCCUCCAGUAUUUAUGGAAGAUGAAGAUUCUGAAUCUGCAGUGAAAAUAAAUUGGUUGGUGGUUUUAAUGGGGUUCGGAAGUGGGCUUAUAGUUGGAGUGGUUGCUGGAAAUAUGUUCCUUACAAGAAAACAGUAUUGGUUUUCCAAGAAAUUCGGAAGGAAACAGAGGAAGCACAGAAUCAGACGCAUAAGAAAUAGAAAUUGA